AUGAAAAACAUAGUACUUGAUGGAGUUGACCUAAAAUUCAAAAAUGACUCUCUAGGGGAGGAGCUAGACAAGCUAGAAAUAACAGACUUUUCUGUAAUCACCGACUACUUUAUGCUAUCUAUGCUGCUUUUUAGAGUUUUCAAAAUGCACACUAUAGUGGAAGCCCCAGAGAAGUGGCCGAAGAAAGAGAGGGUGUGCAUUGAAAGAGGCAUACACGCGGGGGUGUACAUCCAGCUUCUGGAAAUCUCAAAGACUGCUGCUGGCUGCGUAAAUGAGCUUUUUAAGCCUGUAUACGGCAAAAAACAGUACAAAAACUGGAUGCUAUUCGUAAACUCCAAAAGAAAAAAAGACCCCGAAGAAACCAUCGGCAAGUCCAUGGCCCGGAUAUAUUCCAAAGAAGCGGAGAAAGUGCAGUGCAUGUACGAUUACUGCGGGGUGGUAAAGUUAGUGCAGGAGACACAGAGAAUCACAGACCUCGUGUUUCAGAGCAUGGUCUCGUGCAAGAUAUCUCUAGAAAAGGCCAAAAAAAAGGCUGCCCUAGUUCCAGCCGGGCGCUUAAAUGCAGGAGUGCGGAUGGCGGAGAAGAUAAAGAGGAUAGAGCAUGAACGGGGUAUUUUAUGCCGGAAAGUGGCUCUGCUCGAAAGCUACAAGAAGGGACUAUUCAUGGCAAAGUGCCUCCUUUGGAAUAAAAGCAAGAACUUCGAAAAAACAAUUAAAGAGCUCAGGGAAGAGCACAUAGAAUACGGUCUUGCAGUGAUAGAAAACACCAAAGUUUUGCAAGAAAUAUCCAGCACUGCAUGCAGGGGAGUUGCAUCGUGCAGGGUGAUAUAUAGCGUAGAGUGCCAGCGAGACCAGAAAUGCAUGGCUGUAAGCAAGACUUCUUCCGGAAUAAGCAUCUUUCUCUGCGGCAAGUGCCUGGCCAAGGCAGUGCAUGAGAAGCACUCGAGCAUAUUUCCUGUUGUAGGGGAAAACACAAUACAGGCUCAGUUUGAACCCUUUAAGGAGAGAGUGUAUCGCCUAGAGGACCAAAUGUACAUAACAUGCGCAGUUGUGAUAGAAAACACGCUAAAAAACGAUUUUUCAACCACUUUUGGGACAUUCCUGAAGAGCCUCAACGCGAGCAAGUUUCCCGAAGAGAUGGAAGACGACAUAUUUAAGUUUGUGAUGUGCGGCGGCAGGAAAAGGCUGCUGAUAGAGUGUGCUGCAAGGACUGCGUUUGAGCACCUCCCAGCACUGGCGAUGGCAGCCCAAAAGGCAGAAAUGCACCACCCGAAUUCCCAAGUUGCGGCGCUAAACUUCAUGAGAAAAGACGCAAUUGAGCAGGACAUCCCCAUAUGCGUAAUUCGGAUGCUGAUAUUCUACAGGAGAGUCUUCACCGCAAGCAAAAUUCUGCACCCUUUUAGCAGAAACUGUGCAGUGAUUAUUGACAGAAAAUAUCCAGCAUCAAGAAUAAAGUGCUUCCACGGGAAAAACCUGCGCAUACCCGCAAAAAACUACCUGAUUCUAGAGCCCGUUGCCAUUUUAGAAACGCUCCGAAAGGGCCUCUGCAUUCCGUCUAUGUGCAAUUCCGACGAAAACGCGCUGAAAUUCAGCUACCUCGUAAACUGGGAUGUUUUUACGAAUAGAAAGUCCGGCCAGGAAAGCGUUCAAAUUACGCGCCCUCUUCAACAGCUCCCAGAAGAAGGCCCUGCUUCAGAAAAAAUGGAAUACGGCGAGACAGUCGAAUUUUGCGUGAAUGUUUUUGCCUAUGGUCUGUCCCCGCACGAAAAAGACCAGGAGAAAGCCCGGAGACUAUUCAGAAAAAAACAGAGCAGGAUAGACCCGAGAAUACUUGAAGUUCUAUCGAGUAAGGAAAAAAGUCCAAUUUCUGGGGUGGAAAAAGACGGCGAAGAUGGGGGCGUAGACCUUAAGAGGGUGCUUUUUAAGCUCCCAAUGCACUUGAAUGGGCGCGCUCUCCUUUCGAUGGCCUCUGCGAAGCUUAGCAUUUUUAUUGAUGGCCAGCUUGUUGAGGACUCUGCAAUCCCCUCGGAUGAAGGACUGCCUUCAGAAGGAGGAUCCGGGGAGGUAUUUCCCAGGGCGCUCGGAGAUGGCGGCGCCGAGAAAAGACCCUGCGAAGAAGUGCAAGAACAUUGCACGCCCCAGAAGGCCAGAAAGGUGUAG